UUGUUUCGUGGUGAAUUCCUCACUAGGCACGAAGUGCUACUGAUAACUUCCUUCGAUUCUGUCAACAGGACGUUUUAUGCAUAUACUGAACAUGAUGUUUGGAAACUUUAUCUUCGCAGUUACCUUGUACUUUCACCUUUAAUGUUCAGAUAUAAACGAAUAUUUUCAAUCGGAACAUUGGCCAUAACAACAUACAACCCUCAGACACUAGAAAUCACAAAUCAGUGGCAAUAUGAAGAUUUUAUCGCGAUUAAACCGUCUCCAAGAAACGCGAGUAGCGAUAGCAAGCAGGAUGAAUUUGUCAUUCAUGUUAGGCAUAAAGGAAAAAGGGAUACAAUGCGGUUUUCGUCAGACUACACCGCUCACAUUAUUUCUGAGUGUCUUCAGUUUAACAGCAAGUUUUCGGAGCGGAACAUGGAGCCGGUUGCAGUGAAUGCGUACAAACAUAGUUGGGCAGAUCGCCGGCUACCUGUUAUACUACGUGCCAAUGCAGCGGCCAUAGAACAAGUGGAUAGUAGGGGUGUUGUUAUUCAAACAUAUCCUUAUCGAAGAAUACGCAAAAUUUUGAAGGUAUCCGAUUGUCCCGGAGGCUUUAUAAUCGAUGUUGGUGAUCACCAUCGUAGACAUCUGUUUGCUUCAACGAGUUGUGACGAUUUUCUAAAAGACGUGCGGCGGAUAGCUGCUGAUCAUAUAGGCGUUAUCGUGCCCAUUACAAAAGAAGCUGCUACUCUUGAUGAGUUUGCACUUACGAGGCUCGGCCUUUGCAGUCGGGAUGACCACAUAACGUCCUAUGCAGAGUUCAAGGUGCAGAAGCAUACUAGACGGCAUGAGCAACCCGUUCGUCGCCUGCUUUGUCUCACCGAGACCUGUAUUGUCGAGCGUGAUCCGGCUUCUUAUGCGGUAGUAUGCGCUACACCACUUGAACAAAUUGUAUGUUUGGUUCGUUCGGAAAAAGAUCCACAGCAGUUCGUUAUUGAGUACACGAGUGGUGAUGGACGUGUAUAUUCAGCCGCAGAGAGGGAUCUUAUAAUCGCUUCAAUGGUCGAUGGAGCUCGUGCUGCCGGAAAUGAACAGGUUUUCGUCACUAGCCACCGCUUUGAUAACGCUUUGCGGUUAUUACCUCAUGGGAUAAUAUUGGACGAAGACGGUGAAUCACAAUGCAUGAGACACGUGAUUGCUCCUCCUCCUGGACUGAAGAGAUCUGAUCUCAUAAGACGGUUCAAUGCCAAUAUACCAUAUACGGGAUUAACAUAUUCUGUAUCUCAAGAGGGAUUUUUCACCGAAAAUAAAGGAAAAAUCAUCGUUGGUGCAUUAGAAGCUGUUCUAGGAGAAUGCUACGAUAAGGAAGACCCCAACUACGUGUACAAAUGUGAAGCACAACUGCAAUGUCUGCGACGAUUAUUUGCGUCGAAGAGCGGCUUUCAAGCUUUCACAGAGGUUGCUGGAGUUCGCGAAAAGCUGGGCACGUUGGUGAUACGUGUACUUUCGUACAAAAACGAGGCCAUUGAUUAUGCAACGGUAGAGGCGCUGUGUGCUCUGAUGCAUCCUAUGCAUAAUCAGUACGAGCUCCGUACAGAACAGUUGAACAAGCAGAGUCUACUUAGCAGUACGAAAUUUGUGGAGCAUUUGCUGGACCUCAUAGUCAAUCAUGUUGAACGCGGCACAGGAUGGCUUGUAAUAGCUGCAAUGCUCGAUUUCUUGACCUAUGCGGUAUGCGCACCGUAUAGCGAGACGACAGCUGGUGAACAGUUCGAUCAGAUACUGAAGUUAGUAGCAGCCCGAGGUCAAAGUUUCUAUCGCCUCUUCCAAUGUCCCAGCAUGACGAUUGUAAAAGGUGCUGGAAUGGUGAUGCGAGCUAUUAUCGAAGAAUCGGAUGUGGAAACAUCAAAAGCAAUGCAGAUGUUAGCAUUGACAGAAGGCGCGUUCCUGACACAUUUAAGAUUGGCUCUUCUUACAACAGGAAAAGACUUGGAGGUUCUCACAAAUAAACAACUGAGUGGUCACUUGAUUGGUCUAUGGAUUGCAGACAACCGUCCGGCGAAUGACCUUCUCAGUAGAUGUCUUCCUCGUGGUCUUUUGGACUUUUUGGAUUCUAACGAUGUCGUGCCAGUAAAGGAACAGGACUUGUUGAUCCCUAGAAAUAAUCUGGAAGCAGCGACAAACGAGCUGCGGCAGAGUGCAUUGAAGGAGAAACUGGAAAGUUUUAGGGUGACAGCUGAAGCUGGCCUUGAACGAUUCAUUCAGCACUGGGAUCUCGAGCAAAAGUUGAAUUUCUUGCCUAAGAAGACCGAUGAUAAGCAGCGUCAACGGCCAGUGGUUCUACGAAAGAGGCGACAACGUGUUAGAAACUCGGUUAAUUGGAAGCUCUUCGCUUAUCAGUUUGGAAGAGAUCAUUCACAAGCCGAUCUGCUGUGGAAUGAGAAGACUAGAGAGGAGUUCAGGUUAUCCAUAGAAGGCGAACUUCGAGCACUUUUGAAUGAAAAGGAACAAGCACCGACAGAUAUGCCGAUUUCGUGGAAUCAUACGGAAUUCCAGACUCGCUACCCUUCACUGCAGGACGAAGUAAAGAUUGGUGAUUACUACCUCCGUCUUUUACUCCAGGAAGCGGAUGAAUCGGCUACGCCUAUUCAUAAUCCGACCGAAUUCUUCAACAACGUCUAUCAUCGCUUCCUAUUAUCGUCAAGAAGUGAAAUGAGGUGUUUGUGUCUGCGUGCAAUGGCUGUCACCUAUGGUCGCCACCACAUGACAAUAGGGCCGUUUGAAGAUGCUCGACACUUUGUCAGCAUGCUCGCCAAAUGUACUAACGCGGCAGAGAGGGACCAUUUUAUUUUGCUACUUUCAAAGUUGGUUCUGAACAAAGAUAAUGUACGUGAGCUGAUUGGUUCUUCUCUUCUUCCAAUUCUUGUCGAUCUAGCUGUACUGGCUCAUCUUCAUGUGCAACGUGCCAAAGUCCAGAAUCAGUCAAAUGUGAUAGAAGCAAGUGCGGAUCAGCUGUCAGAAGGAAACUCCGCUGAGUGGUACUACGCAACCACUGAUAACAACAAGGAACGACUUGGGCCUUUUUCGUUUGAGAAGAUGAAAGCAUUGUAUGCAGAGAAGAAGAUAUUUGAGAAGACUGCGGUGUGGGCGGCUGGUAUGGAAAAGUGGGAACCCCUGAGUAAAGUCCCUCAGUUUCGAUGGACUGUUUGCCUUGGGCAUCAGCAGAUGGGUACGCCUUUGUACAACUUCACCCAGCUGUGUGCCUUGUGCUUGGAUAUUAUGAUCCAGAUGUGCGAGUUCUUUCCAUCCAGGGAUGAUAACAACAGUGUCGUGCGCCCCAUGCCACAGGUGAAGAAAAGUCUCACGGAGCCAGUAUUGCUUUAUCAAGUUGUUCAGUUAUUGCUCACCUAUGAUCCAAGCAUUGUGCAACGGGUCGCUACUCUAGUGCACUUAGUUAUGCAGGACAAUCCAUUUCUUCCUCGAUUGUACUUAUCUGGCGUAUUCUUCUUUAUACUUAUGUACAAUGGCUCUAAUGUUCUACCUAUUGCUAGGUUUUUACAUUAUACGCACAAAAAGCAAGCUUUCCGUACUGCAUUGCCUCAAUUGGAAGGGACCUCACAAUCUAUUCUUGCCCCGUUGCUACCAGCUGCAGCCAUUUUUUACCUGGAUGAGUAUGGACCGGACAAAUACGCAGAGGUUUUCUUGGGAGAGUUUGAUAAUCCUGAGAUCAUAUGGAGCACGCAAAUGAGGCGGCAUCUCAUCGAACGCAUUGCCAUACACGUUUCCGACUUUUCCAAUCGGCUCACGUCCAAUGUGAAGGCUUUGUACCAGUACUGUCCAAUCCCGCUAAUUGACUACCCUGAGUUAAAGAACGAACUGUUUUGUUACGUAUACUACUUGCGCCAUCUUUGUGAUCGACAACGAUUCCCUGAUUGGGAAAUUAGAGAUCCGAUUCCUUUCCUGCGUGCCUGUUUAGCUGCAUGGUUUGAGGAGUUAGAGAAGAAGCCGCCAGUGAUGUCUAUUGAGCAAGCACGAGAAACUCUCGGUCUCAACACAAUGGAAGAUGGAUGGCAAGAUACGUCAGUGAUUCGUCGUGCGUACUUCAAACUGGCAGCACGAUACCAUCCUGACAAAAAUCCAGAAGGUCGUGAGAUGUUUGAGCGAAUCAACACAGCGUAUGAGUUAUUAUCAAGUGACGCUGGACGGUCGUCAAUGCCUGAUCCACAUCGUAUUGUGCUAUUCCUUCAAGCGCAAAGUAUCAUUUAUAGUCGCCAUUCUCAAGAACUCUCCGCAUACAAAUACGCUGGUUAUGGUCAGCUGAUCAGGACCAUUGACCUGGAGGCAAAGAACACUGCUCUGUUCCAAGAGGGUGGUGGUGCCCUAUUGAGUGCAGCUGUCGAACUGGCCAACCAUACUCUGAUGAGCAGCGCUCUGAAUGCGGAACAACUGCGCAGAGAACAAGGUUUAGAGGCUCUUCAAGUCGCAUUCGAUCGCUGUGUGCCUGUGAUCACAGAGAGCUCUACGCCGACAGAUAUGGCUGUUCAAGUGUGUGAACAUAUCUGUAACUGUUUCGCUACAGCCGCUAGCUUUGAGGCUUGUCGUCAACGUAUUGCAGAGAUGCCCACUGUAUUUGGCAACAUAUGCCGGUUGUUGCAGUUCCCGCAUCUGCCUCGCUUGUCGUCGGCUGCUGCUCAGUGCGUCUGUUCGAUGGCUGUGGAUACCCUGCUUCAGACACAAUUGUUCCAGCAAGGGGUUCUGUGGCAACUUGUCCCGCAUCUUUUCCAUUACGAUUUCACUCUCGAUGAGGGCGGUGUUUCACACAGUGAAGAGUCGAACAAGCAAGCGAUGGCAAAUAGGCUUGCUCGAGUUAGCUGUGAGGCGCUCGCCUGCUUGGCUGGGUUUAGAGAAGCCACUCCUGAUAAUGAUGGUGUGCAGAACAGUUUGCGAGCGCUCCUGACGCCAUACGUUUGUCGAUGUAUGAGAACGGAGAGUAAUGAUAUGGUAUUGAAAACAUUGAACUGCAAUACUGAGGACCCAUACCUCAUCUGGGAUAAUGGCACACGUGCCGAGGUGUUGGAGUUUGUCGAACGGCAUCGCACUUCAAGAGAACAGACGAGUGAACUAUUUGGCGCUGAGUUCCAACUGUCGAUACACGCGAAAGAACUGAUUGUGGGCGAUAUAUUUGUGCGCAUCUACAAUGAACAACCUACGUUUGUUCUUCAUGAGCCGAAAAAAGUGGCUAUGGAUUUGUUGGAUUUUAUGGGACGCCAUGCACCAGAGCUCACCGGUCAACUGAAAAAGCCAGCAAAUGGUGAUUUGAUAGAAAUCGACUGGUCCUGUACGAACGCCAAUAAAAUGUCCACUGAUGAAAAGGUGGUAAUGUGCACGGAAGCGUUGGCGAAUUUGAUUUCGGCUAAUCCCGGGGUGGAAAUUCUGCUGAUCGGCCACUUCAAUCUGAUCAUUGCUUACCUUCGAGCGCGGCUCCACCCUAAUAUCCAAUUGGCUACUCUUAAGUUGUUGUCCUUGGCAGUGGCAAAUAGAGAAUGCGUACAGGACUUAUCAAAUCUUCACGUCUGCUCAUCGCUGUUCAUUCUUAUGCGGGAUAGGAGAGAAGCUCGCACUCUUAUCCUUAACACUCUGAUAGCACUCUCAUCAAAUGGUCAAAUCGUAAAAGAGAUGCUAGACUACGGUGGUUUACUGUACAUAUUGUCGGUUUUGUGCUCAUCUGAGAGCGAUCCUGGUGAACGGUUGCUGGCCGCUGAAUUGCUAACGAAACUUCAGUCAGACAAGUUGACCGGUCCUCGUUGGACUCGUUUCAUUACGAAGUAUCUACCGCCUAUCUUUGCCGACGCACUGCGAGAUUCUCCAAACACGGCGAUCACGAUGUUCGAUUCGACCAAUGAAAAUCCGGAGCUAAUUUGGAAUGAGACGACUCGUGUCAAAGUCCGGCAAAUUAUUGAGCGGGGCGCAGACGAACUAUAUCGAUUACAGUCUAGUAACCCUGAGCACAAAUGGGAUACUGGAUCGUUGACCGACAAUACUUGUGCCUAUGCCGAUUCGGUCACGGGCGAGUUGGUCGUAGGUGGCGUUUUUGUGCGGCUAUACGUUGCAAAUCCAGCAUGGGCUGUACGGCACCCGCGACAAUUUGCUACAGAAUUAAUUGAAAAAGUUUUGGAGCUCAUGAACAAGCCAAGUGCAGACUUGACUCUUGUCACGACCGCUUUCAUUGAACUACUACGGAAUUUCCCUAAUACUGCUGAUCAGUUACCCGCGCAAGGAUAUCUUCCCCAGUUCAGUAAGGCGAUGUCAGCUCGAGAUCCCCAAACUUCUCGUUCGGCUAUUCUGAUUCUUCAGCAACUGGCCGAGAAUCACUAUUGUGCUGAUGCUCUUUCACGAAUCAAUUGUAUCGAAGGAAUCAUGACAUCGAUGAAGAAUCAGCCAACGUUGAUGCACGAAUCUGCUCAUGCGUUGAAAUGUCUCAUGCGAAGGAACAACGGCGAUCUGGCGGCACAGAUGUUAUCGACGAAAAUGGUUGACUAUCUUCUUGAAGUGCUUGGUGGGGACUUGCCAGGUGUUUCGAACUCUCCAGCAGCUCGUGCAGAGAUUGUUGACGCUCUCAAAAGUGCAUGUUUGGAUCUGCAAGUAGGCGAGAAGAUCUCAGAAAUCCUGAACCGUUCACCAAUUUGGGCACAGUAUCGGGAUCAGCGCCACGAUCUAUUCCUACCUGCUCAACGGACACAGGCGAUCACCGGUACGUCUACUGGUGUUGCUGGUUACCUCACUGAAGGCAUGUUCAGCCCACCUCCUUUGCAUACUCAACCACCACCAAUGGAAAGGAGUGGCUUAUAG